UCGAGUGGCAACCCUGAUGACAGAUGAAAUUCGGAAUUCCACAUCAUAGCCUAGCUAAAUUAUCUCCAAAAUCGAAACGUCAUUACUCACAAAAUCCACAUAUUUGUGGGGGUAACAAAUUAAAGAAACUUUGAAUAACAAUUAUGUUUUUUAAAAAUAUCUGAAAUUAGGUCCAUUGAACAAAAGGUUUAGGUUCAACCAAAAAUGGAAAAUUUUUCCUGGGUGAUCAUUCUAUUUUUCGGACUUAUGCAAUACAGUUUAUCCACGGAAUUAACUUUUGAAUUGCCAGAUAGUGCCAAAGAUUGUUUUUACGAGGAGAUUAAUAAGAAUACUAGUUGUACACUCGAGUUUCAGGUUGUAACUGGUGGCCAGUAUGAUGUAGAUGUAAUUUUGGAAGAUCCAAAAGGAAAUAUUUUGUACAAACAGGUCAAAAUGCAAUUUGAUUCUCAUACAUUUGUAGCUCAAACGUCGGGCAUCUAUAAAGUGUGCUUUAGUAAUGAAUUUUCUACAUUUUCACACAAACUUGUAUAUAUGGAUUUCCAAGUGGGCGAUGAGCAGCCCUUGCCUGGUAUGGGUGAACACGCUACAGUUCUUACUCAGUUAGAAUCUUCAGCCCAAGAAAUCCACAAGUCAUUGAGUAGCAUUUUGGACUAUCAGACGCAUCAUCGUCUGAGGGAGGCUCAGGGAAGGAAACGUGCUGAGGAUUUGAAUGAAAGAGUCUUAUACUGGUCUAUAGUGGAGACUUUAGCUAUCUUAACAAUAGCAUUUGGCCAGGUUUUCAUACUGAAAAAUUUUUUCACAGAUAAGAAACCAUAUGUACAAUUUAAAUGAUUUGAAUGCAAACGAAAAAUAAUUACCAUUAUAUCAAGUUUUUUAGAAACUACUGUUCUGAAAACAUUGACUGUACAUAUUUAAACUCAACAAGUUUAUGUGUGCCAAGCACAUAUCUAAGUUGACUGUUUACAAAACACUGUGCAAUAGUAAAAAAUGAUUUAGUCUGAUUUGAACUAAUGUGUUAACAUUUUUGGUUUUUUUACUUCCACUUACUUUAGGUGAAGUGUAGAAAAUCAUUUUCAAUAUACUUUUUCAUUUUUAUUGAUGAAAGCAGAAUCACUAAAAAUACACAAGUAUUCAAUUAGAGGUUUUGAUUAAUUCUGCCAGUUGCUUUUGUAUCAAAAUGUACCACCAAUUCUCCGUAUUUCAUUCCAGGUUUGUUGAUUUAUUCUUUGAUUAAGUGUUAAAUGAUUUAUUUAUAUAAAAAUCUUGAAAAUAAAUAAAUUAAAAAUGGAAGCA